UACUCCGAUAUACCAAACCACCUCGUAAACUCCACAUUCAUCCUCCAUUGCACCUGCAACCCUUAACUUAUAACUUCAAUAAUCUGUCGAUCAUACAUACCCUCCUCCAUCGAAUACCAAGGCCCCGUCAGACGUGCCCGUAAAAGCAAUGGCGGCUGCACAAAAAUCCUCGACGAAGCCAUCAAGCAAAGAUGAUUUCGACAUCGUCGAGACAUACCAGCGCCUUCUCCGGGAAGAUCCUGAUCUGACCAUGCCCGUGGCGGCCAUUGAGUCACUUGUCGAACUACUCUCGCGCUCCGACGCACGAACUAUUUCCGAGACUCUCGAUCUGCUCGCAAUCUCCACACUUCACCUGAAGCGCUCUAUUCCAAACCCCAUCUCUCUCUCUGCCGGUACGGACCUCUUCCAGCGGUACUUGAUCACGACGCUGCAGCGGCCGGGACAGCUCGGGCCCGCCGGAGACUUUGGUGCCAUUCGUGCGCAUCUGCUCAGCAACGGACGACUAUUCGUGCAGCGCGCAAAAGCAAGCCGUGAGAAAAUCGCCAGUUUCGGCCGGCAUUUCGUUCGGGACGGCGCAACGGUCCUCACAAACGGUGGAUCGCGAGUUGUCGGCGCCCUGCUCAAAUCGGCCGCCGAGUCUUCAGCUGCCAGUCUGCGCUUCCGCGUCAUUUACGUCUUGAGCUCCCAGACUUCAUCUGCAUCGAAUGGAAUCCAAAGAGUCGAGACCAAGGAGGAAGGUCUCGCCACCGUUGCGGCGCUGCGGGCCAAGGGCGUCCCAGUCGCAACGAUCCCCGAAUCUGCCGUCGGGUAUUCCCUGGGCAAAGUGGACAUGGUCAUUGUAGGCGCAGAAGGCGUGGUGGAGAACGGCGGCAUCAUUUCCCGUCUGGGAACCUACCAGAUUGGUCUGCUGGCCAAGGCGGCAGGCAAGCCGUUCUACGUUGUGGCCGAGAGCCACAAGUUUGUGCGCCUGUAUCCGCUCAGCCAGUACGAUUUGCCCAUUGAGCAGAGAGUUAUUGAUUUCAAGACGACUGCCGAUACGGAGAAGGACAAGGGGACUGCAUCUGAUGGCGUGCCCGAUGCAUCCAGUCCUGAGACCAAACAGGCGUAUGCUAGCACAGUCGAUGAUGCCGUAGACUAUACACCACCCGACCUCAUCUCAGCUCUCAUUACAGAAAGCGGUGUACUCACCCCUUCGGCCGUCAGCGAAGAACUCAUCAAGAUCUGGUUCUAGGCCGUGUAAGCCGGUGCUGGAUAAGAAUUCAAGAUAGCUGCAUGCAUCCGAUUUGCCAUUUCUUCCAUUUCCACCCAGAUCUUUCUUUUUUGUCCCUUC